AUGACUUAUCUUACUCUCCAACAGAUGCAAAGUUUUGUGAAACCCACCGACUGUGUGGGGGAAACGAAUGGACGUACUUCAAGGAAACCUAGAGGCCUGCGUAUCAUCCACACGCUGGAUCCCACUCGCUUGGAGCAAGCUUGGAGUCUUCCGACUUCCAUGACAUCUCUGGCUUGUCGUGGCCAACUUACCGCGCCGGUUCACAUGACCACUCCUCCGCCAAAGUCAUGCGCUCGACAAUUUUCUACACCCGCACGCCCUCUCACACCACCGUACCUUUUCCUGCUGGGACACACGGCUUUCUAUACCACGGAUCCAAGACGGCACCGUCGUCGGUCUGCUUCACAAGGCUGUCUGUGGGAGCUCUUGGUCCGAGAUGGUUACAUUUUCGAAACCGGUGCUGGCAACUACCGUGAUAGAAAGCGAACAAAAAGAGGAACCAUCUUCCAUCGGUUCGGCCAGCCCUUCCUUUACAAUUUCUCCCAUCACAUGGUGGGGUGGACUGUUGCGUCGGAGAGCCAAGGAGGGAAGAGGGUCAGAGUGCACGCUAGAAAUCCACUACGACCCGUCAAGAUAGACGGUAGCCCGGUGGUUUACACAGGCACUGCGCUUUGUUGUCUCGAAAAGGUCGGCAAAGGCACCGAACGUGUUGUCACAAUUCGCAUUCUGAAGAUCGUAGAUCCUGUAAAGCAAGUUUUGGCUGACGUACCCUUGAUGAGAAGUUGGCUGCCAGACAGGCCAGUCGAAGGAGAAUUUCUCCCAUCGUCGAGACCGGGCCGCAAAUGGCUAUACAACGUGGACAAGCGAUGUGGUGGGGUAGCGCAAUCUUUGGCCUUGCUGUUCGAGAAUGAAAGAUUGAGGGCCGAUAACCUAGACUCUGCCCCAUGACUCCUGGGCCGUUUUAGUUUACUCUCAGAUGAGCGUAAGCAGCACAUCGAGGGUUCUCCACGGUGUUUCAGGUUUUGAAAGACAUUUGCUAUUCCUUGUAUUUGGUGGUACGCAUACAAAAAAACCCUCCUUAAGCGCGUCGCCUCCUUUGACGGAGAUUGUCUCGGGCAAUGUCUCGGAGAGAGAAAAAAUGAAAAUAUCGAGCCAUCCGGUCUCAGACCAGCAUACCCGAGACAGCACGACAAUCUGCCCUGGAUCUCUAGGCACAUACCUUUGGUUCCCCGCCUAUAGGCUCCAGUCUGCCGCAUGCCCAUUCGCCUUUUCCGAUCUUAUUAACUGAAAUAACCAUAAGCAUUCACCAGCGGAAAAGCUUAGGGCAAUGAUGAUAUAUCAUAGCGUGACCGUGCUGGCGUCGCCAUACGCAUCGGUUUGCGGAGGAAACGAAAAGAGCGGGCAUGUUUCACGGCUUGUGUCACAACCAUGUCCGUCUGCCGAACGAGCACUUCCCACUGUGUGUGUUCCACUGAUUUCGGAUGUGGUGACUGCCUUUUUUUCUGCCUUCACCUCGCUUCGGCCAAUGUCUCAUUUCAUUGCGCCGUUCCGCCGAAUAACUUGACUGCUCAAUUUUUUUUCAU